GAAGAUAAAAAGAAGACAGAACACAAAGAAACUCCAAACCUAUGAUUAUUGUCAGAACUUUUUCCCACAAUUUCUUUAAACCCACUUCUCUAUAAACUCCAAUCUUUUUUCCUGCUUGUAGAGAAGAAAUCUCCCUCACCGUUCAACCACAAGCAGUACGUGUUGCGUAACGUUGUUGGUACGACCAAUCUCUCUGCAACACACACAUGUCCUCCUAUUAAACUCAAUUCAUUGAUCAACAACCUCUCUCCUCUCUCUCUCUUUGUUCAUCUGAAUCUUGAGCGAAGAAUCUUUUCUCUGAUCCACAUGACUUGCAUACUGAGCUGCUCUCAUGGCGUGGUGAUCGCAACCGCCAUGGUUUUUUCAAGCACGGCUCUGUUUCUGACCAUUUCCCGCCAAUUAUCUGGUAAUCAUCAAACAUCAGAUCAACAGAUCCUCCGACCAUGUCUUUGUUCAGAGGAAAAAAAGAAACAGAGGAAGAAGAAGAAGAAGGUGAAGUUUGCAGAGAAUGUGAAAGAGCCUAAAGGGAACGGUGAAGAGUAUCGUAGAAAGAGGGAAAGUCUACGGAGAAACGUACCGGAACCGGUGAUUAAACCGGAUAAGACCGGUUCAGUUUGUAGAAACGACAUGCCUGCUAACCGGAUUGCUCUGUACAAUGGGAUUCUUAGAGACAGAGAUCAUCGAGUUCAGUGCUCCUAUUAACUUUUGUUGUUUCUUCUUUUGACGUAAAAAAAAGAAAUAAAAAUUUUCUGUAGAUAACUUUUUCCUAAUUAGCUUUUCCGGGUUCUCUGUAUGUAACAUUUCUUCUAGAAAAUCAGUGUAAAUUAUUGAUAUCUAAAACAGUGUUUAACUUGUUUA